AUGGUCGCCUUACGCGUGCGUGUCCUUGUCGUCCCUACUCUACGCCCACCGACUCCGGCGCGGCUUUCCCGACACGUCUCUAGCCCGCCAUGUCUCGGAACACUCCAUCCACCUGCACCCGCUCCAACUGUGAGGCUUGCAUUGCUGGGACUACCAUCUAGACGAUGUUUUGCGUCUUCUGCAACUUCUCGCGCUCCUUCGUCUCCUCCUGUCUCCGAAACCAAGCGGACAGAGGUCAAGUCGACCGAAAGCAGGUCGCAAACGCCGGGCAGGUCAAUAUGGAGUCGGUUCCUACCCUCCAAUGCGCAGGAAUCGGGCAAGAGCGCGUCCUCUUUCCGCAAGAUCGUUUCCCUCGCCACUCCGGAGAAGAAGCCGCUAGGAGUAGCGAUUGGGUUGCUCUUGGUGUCGAGCGCGGUCUCGAUGAGCGUGCCGUUUACGAUCGGGAGGCUCAUUGAUUACUUCUCGAGCACGAACCCGGAAAUACCCUUCGGCCUGUCAUUAGGACAAGCAUCUGCGAUCCUCCUACUGCUCUUCACUGCAGGCGCUACCGCUAACGCAGGGCGCGCAAUGCUUAUGCGUCAGCGGAUUGUCGCACGGUUGCGGGAACGGACAUACGCGGCAGCACUGCGACAGGAGGUCGAAUUCGUCGAGAAGGGCGAGGGUGACGUCCUGAGUAGGCUCAGCGUGGAUUCGAGUAUUGUAGGCGAGAGUGUGACACAGAACCUCUCGGAUGGUCUUCGGUCGGUGGUUAUGGCGUCCGCAGGGCUGGGAGCGAUGUUCUACAUCUCCCCGCAACUCACGCUCCUCAUGCUCACGGUCGUACCUCCCGUCUCUCUUGGGGCGGUAUUCUACGGCCGGUACCUAAAGAAGCUCUCCAAUCGCACGCAAGAAGCCCUUGGUGAUAUGACCAAGGUUGCUCAAGAAGCCUUGUCUGCGCUGCGCACGGUGCAGGCGUUCAAUGCGCGCCCGCAGGAGGAGGCAAAGUUCCACGAGAAGGUCGGGACCGUGCUCGCCCUCGCGCGCAAGGAGGCUAUCGCGAGCGGGGUGUUCUUCGGGGCGACGGGGUGGAGCGGCAACGUCACCCUACUGGCACUGCUGGGCUAUGGGGGGACGCUUGUGAGCAGGGGCACGAUCUCGAUGGGGGACUUGACGAGCUUGCUGCUUUAUACGGUUUAUGUGGGGAACGGGUUGCAGAUGCUAACCACAUUCUUCUCGUCCAUCAUGCGUGGCAUCGGUGCGGGAGUGCGCAUCUUUGACCUGCUUGAUCGUACCCCUGCGAUCCCUGAGAGGGGCGUCCCGGUAGACCCUGCUAGGCGCGGCGUGAUUCGUUUCGAGCAUGUGUGGUUCGAGUAUCCGAGCAGACGCAAUGCCCAAAUCCUCAAGGACCUUAACCUUGAGGUCGCCGUCGGUGAGAGCGUCGCUAUCGUCGGCCAGAGCGGAAGCGGGAAAAGUUCGAUCAACGCUCUCCUGCUAAGGUACUACGACCCGAUCAAGGGCAAGGUUACUUUUGACGGACAGGACAUCCGGGAGUUCACGCCUUCGUCUUGGCGACAGAUCAUCGGCGUCGUCCCACAGGACCCUAUUCUCUUCACGGGCACCAUCGCGUCGAACAUCGCAUACGGGAACCCGGAUGCGACACGCGAACAGAUUGAGGCCGCCGCGCGCGAGGCCAACUGCGAGUUUGUGUGGGGCAUGCCCCAGGGAUUCGACACUGAGAUCGGCCGCGCGUCGCUCUCGGGCGGACAGCGGCAGCGGCUGGCGAUCGCCCGCGCGCUGCUAAAGAAACCGGCCAUCCUUGCGCUCGACGAGGCGACGUCCUCUCUCGACGCGACGUCCGAGCACCGCGUCAACGACGCCAUUGACAAGAUUCUACGGUCUCGGCAAACGACGUGUCUCGUCGUCGCUCAUAGACUGUCGACGAUCGCGCGAGCGGAGAGGAUUGUGGUGCUGGAGGACGGGAAGAUUGUCGAGAGUGGGACGUAUCGGCAGUUGGUGAACCAGGAGGGCUCACGGUUCCGGCACUUGAUGGCGGCGCAGCUAAACGCUGCAGCCGGAGAGUCGCUCGCGUCUGGCGGCGCCGCGUCGCAUGAUCCAGCGCCGGUGUCGGAGGAAGUCCCUGUGCACGAACCCCAGAAGCAGGAGUUUGCUCCCUAG